AUGACCUCCAAAAUCCUGACAACCCUAACCCGCCGCAAAACAGGCACCCUAGCAAGAAUAACAAUAACCCGGCCCACAAAACAAAACGCACUAAACACCCACCUCCUAACCCAACUCCCACCAACCAUCAAAGAAAUAACAGAAACAAACAAAGAUCUCCUAGCCAUAAUCCUCACAGGCGCCGGCCCCAAAUCCUUCAUCGGUGGCGCAGACCUGAGAGAAAUAGCCGCGUUAGAUUCACCGGCUGCUGCGCGCGGGUUCAUAUGCAAGAUCCACCUGGCCUGCUCUGCAUUGAGGCGGUGUCCUGUUCCUGUUAUUGCGCGUGUUAAUGGGUUUGCUCUUGGGGCUGGUUUGGAGGUUGCUGCGGCUUGUGAUGUUAGGGUCCGGCUCGGGAUCCCCUCCGUUGUUGAAGCUGCUCUCCUACCAGGACUGAUAGGAUGGGGUCGGGCCAGGCGACUCCUUCUAUUAGGGGAGACUAUAUCCGCCGACGAGGCGUUAAAAUGGGGUCUUGUCGAGAAGGUUGUUGAAGAUGGUGAGUUGGAUGAUGCUGUUGAGGAGUGGGUUGGUUUGUUAGAGAAGAAUGGGCCGCUUGCGGUGCGGAGACAGAAGGCCUUGAUUUCUAAAUGGGAGGAGCUUUCCCUGGAACAGGGGAUUAUAGCCGGUGUAGAGGCUUUUGGGGAGGCUUUUGAGGUGGAAAGGGAUGGGAAUGGGAUUGAGAAUGGGGAUGGGGGAACGGAGCCUGGGAGGAUGAUUGGGGAGUUUUUUAGAGAGAGGGAUGAGGCGAAGGGGAAGGUUUGA